AUGGGCGAGAGCAGCACAGAGAGCAGCGAGAAAGCGGCGUCUCGGCCAGCCGACGGGGAGAACGAGAAGAAGCCGCCGACAACUGGCGGCAAGGUCGAUGACGAUGGCCCGACCAAAGAGACUAAAGAUCCCAAGGCACGGCCCGAACGGGAGGCCACGGCCGCUGACUACUUCCGCGUCUUCACCUACGCCAAAAGAUGGGACUUUGUCCUGAUGGGCACAGCCGCCAUCGCCAGCAUAGGCGCCGGCGUCACCAUGCCCUUGAUGAACAUUGUCUUUGGCCGGUUGAUCGGCGAGUUCAGCGAUUUCUCCAACCCGGACGCCGCAGACCCAGACGAGUUCUCGCGGACUAUCGACCGCAUGUCCCUGUACAUGUUCGCCCUCUUCAUCUCCCGCUUUGGGCUGAACUACAUCAACAAGUUCUGCUUCCGCCUCAUCGGCAUCCGCAUGUCGGCCGCCAUUCGCCUCCACUACCUCCAGUGCCUCUUCGGCCAGACCGUCCACGUGCUCGACUCGAUGCCCUCGGGCGCCGCCGCGAGCACCAUCACCUCGACCGCUAACACGCUGCAGCUCGGAAUCUCGGAGAAGCUGGGGACCUUCCUCGAAUUCAGCUCGACCAUCGUGGCCGCCAUCGUCAUCGCUUUUACCUACAGCUGGUCCCUGACGCUCGUCACCGCGUCCGUCAUCCUCUUCAUCUCGCUCGUGGUCUCUGUUCUCCUGCCCUUCAUCAUCAAGGGGCAGACCAUGCUUACCAGGGCCGACGCCAAGGGAACGUCGGUGGCCACCGAAGCCUUCGGCACCAUCCGCAUGAUCACGGCCUGCGGCGCCGAGGCCAGGAUGGCCCGGCGAUAUGCCAAGUGGGUGGCCAAGGCGAAGCAGGCCACCCAGUUCAGCUCCCCCUUCCUGGCGGCCCAGUUCGGUGCCAUCUUUUUCGGCCUGUACGGCGCCUUCGCGCUGGCCUUUUGGUUCGGCACGAAGUCCUUCGUCGAAGACCGCAUCGAGGGCAUCGCCACCAUUCUUAUCGUCCUCAUGUCCGUCAUGCUCAUGGUCAUUUCUCUGGAGCGCGUCUCCACUCCGCUGAUUGCCGUCUCCAAGGCCAUGGUGGCCGCCGCCGAGUUCUUUGCCGUCAUCGACGCUCCGAAGCCAAAGAUGGGCACACUGAAGGAGCCCGACGUCUCAGCCGACCAGGACAUUGUUUUUGAGGAUGUUCAUUUUGCCUACCCGAGCCGCCCUCACAAGAAGGUGCUCGACGGCUUAAAUCUCCGCAUCCCCGCCAGGCUGAACACGGCCAUUGUAGGCCCCAGCGGGUCCGGAAAGAGCACCAUUGUCGGCUUGAUCGAGGGCUGGUACACCCUCCACGAUCAAUAUGUAAUUGCGAAGGCCGUCGAGAAAGACAAGGCGAAGAAAGAGAAGGAAAAGGCAAAGAAGAAGGAGAAGAAGAAGAAGAAGAGCAGAGGGAAAGAGGACGACGAGGACGACGACGAAGACGCAGCCGCCGACGCGCCGCUCGAUGUGGAAGAAACCGGGGCCCCGGUCGAGCUAAAGGGAAGCAUAUCAACGUGCGGGAGGCAGCUCGGUGAUAUCGACAUCAAGUGGUGGAGGUCGCAGAUCGGUCUCGUGCAGCAGGAACCCUUCCUCUUCAACAACACCAUCUUCUACAACGUCGCAGUCGGCCUCAUCGGCACGCAGUGGGAAAACGAGCCGGAAGAGGUCAAACGCCGGCUCGUAAGAGAGGCGUGUGCCGAGAGCUUCGCCGACGAAUUCAUCGACCGGCUACCGGAUGGCUACGACACCCAAGUGGGCGACUCGGGCGCCAAGCUGAGCGGUGGGCAACGCCAGCGGAUCGCCAUCGCCCGGAGCAUCGUCAAGAAGCCCAAGAUCCUCAUCCUCGACGAGGCGACCUCCGCCAUCGAUGUCCGUGGAGAACGGAUCGUGCAGGCGGCGCUGGAGAGGGCCUCCAAGGGCCGGACCACCAUCACCAUCGCUCACCGACUGUCUACCAUCAAGAACGCCGACCGCAUCUGUGUCUUGCAGAACGGACGGGUCGUCGAAGAGGGCACCCACGACAGCCUGCUCGAGAACGAGCGGGGCGUCUAUUACGGUUUGGUCCACGCGCAGAAGCUGUCCCUGGGAGAUGACACGGGCGGAGACCUCCUGCACGAGGAAGACGUUGGCGCGGCCCUCGCGCGCGAGAAGAGCGCAGCCAAGUCGGUGGCCGAGGGCGCAAAGGAGGAAGCCAAGUGGGCCGAACGAGGCUUGUUCAGCGGUUUUGGCAAACUCCUCUACGAGCAGCGCAGCCGGUUCCCAUUCUACGUCCUUGCCCUUAUCGGUGCCAUGGGCGCUGCCGCUGCGGUGCCGGUACAAGCAUAUCUCUUCGCUAAGGUAGUCGGUGUGUUUCAGAGGACGUCUCUGCAGUCUCUCAUGGACGGAGCCACGUUCUGGUCAAAGAUGUGGGCUGUCCUCGCCGGCGGAGUCGGCGCUAGCUACUUCCUCACCUCUCUCGUAUCAAACAACCUCGAGGGCUACAUCGCCGCCGUAUACCGACAGGAGUAUUUCGAGUCGAUCCUGUUCCAACCCACUGCCUACUUUGACAAGGACGACAAUGCCACGGGACAGCUAACCGCGCGUCUCUCGAGCGAUCCGCAAUCGCUCAAGGAGCUCCUGGGUAUCAACCUCAUGGUGGUGCUCAUCGGAAUCUUUUCCCUCGCAGGCGCGCUCGCCAUCUCGUUCGCCUACGGCUGGAAGCUGGCCCUUGUCGCCCUCUGCGUGACGGUGCCGAUCGGCAUCGUGUCGGGCUACUUCCGUCUCCGGUACGAGCUGCAGUUCAACAAGAUGAACGACGAAGUGUUCCAGGAGAGCUCAAAGUUCGGUGCCGAAUCUAUCGGUGCGUUCCGGACCGUCAGCGCCCUCGUCAUGGAAGACAGCAUCUGCGACCGGUACCAGAAGCUGCUCAGCGGUCACGUCGUGGCGGCGUUCAAGAAGGCCCGGCUUACCACGAUCGUCUUUGCCUUCGCCGACAGCGCUAGCUUGGGGUGUCAGGCGCUCAUCUUCUGGUACGGUGGCCAGCUGAUGCUGAAGCGUGAGUACGAUGUUGUCGCGUUCCUCGUCACCUACAUGGCGGUGAUUCAGGGAGCCGAGUCCGCGGGCCAGUGGCUGAGCUUCGGCCCCAAUGCUGCGCAGGCGGCGGCGGCGGCCAAUCGCAUCCUGCAUGCUCGCGAGACGCGUCUCAGGAGCGACGCCACCAAGUCGGAGCAAAUCCCCGACGUGGACGGCGGCAUCAAGAUCGAGCUCAAGGACGUCCACUUCAAGUACCCCACCCGCGACGUCUCCAUCUUCAGGGGGCUGAACCUCACCAUCGAGAAGGGCCAGUUCGCCGCGCUGGUCGGCGCGUCCGGGUCGGGCAAGACGUCCAUCGUCAGCCUGCUGGAGCGGUUCUACGACCCGGACAGGGGCCAGAUCUUGUUCAACGGCAAGGACAUCAGCGAGGUCGACGUGUACGAGUACCGCAAGCUCCUGUCGCUGGUGGCGCAGGAGCCGUCGCUGUUCCACGGCACCAUCCGCGAGAACCUCCUCCUCGGAGUGGACCCGUCGACCGUGACGGACGAGCAGCUGCACCAGUGCUGCAGGGACGCGAGCAUCCACGACUUUAUCGUGUCGCUGCCCGACGGGUACGACACCAACAUCGGCAGCCGCGGCGUCAGCUUGAGCGGCGGGCAGAAGCAGCGCGUGUCCAUCGCCCGCGCGCUGAUCCGCAACCCGCGCGUCCUGCUGCUGGACGAGGCCACCAGUUCCCUCGACUCCGAGAGCGAAAAGCUCGUGCAGGCGGCGCUCGAGAGAGUCGCCAAGGGCCGGACAACGAUCGCGGUGGCGCAUCGCCUCGCCACGAUCCAAAAGGCCGACAUCAUCUACGUGCUCGGCGAAGGUAAAGUGCUCGAGAAGGGCAGCCACGCCGAGCUGCUCAGGCAGAAGGGCGUGUACUGGCAUAUGUGUCAAAACCAAGCGCUCGAUAGGUAA